AUGAAUAAACAAAAUCCUAUGGAUAUUCUUCCAAUCAUAUGGCCUUAAAAAAUAUCUGCAAGACAAUAAGAAAUAUAGAGAGUUAUAUAAGAACUUAUGCAAUUAAAAGAAGAUUAAUCAAAUCUAGCUGAAUCCAUUAAUUUCACAAUCAAAUAUUUAGCAUAACAUGCUCCAUAUAUAGAUGUAGUUGUUUCUUUUCAAAACUUAAUUGAUGUCAAACAUCCCAUUUAAGAUUUACUUAAUUAUUUAAGUACUUUCUCAGAAAAUGCAUUAACACAAGUAGUGAGAAAAGUAAAUUUAAAUGAUCUAAAUUCUGAUUCUGAUGAAACAGAUUUUACAUAUAGUGAUCCUUAUGAAGAAAUGAAAAAGCAAUUUAAUCUUAAGAUGAUGAAAAGAGUAAGUUUUCCAAAAUUAUAAAAACUAAUAAGUGAUAUUUAUAGGUUGGAAAUGUUAACUAAAGUAUAUUCAUGGUUGAAUUAAAUAACAUAUGUUGAUUAUGUUAAGGUGAGUGUGUCAACUAUCAAGAAAGCAUUACAAACUGAAUAAUUAGAUGAAUUAACAAUUAACACUGUUAUCUAAUGUGCAAAAGGUUCAUGUUAAUGCGAAAAUUAAUAUUUAUAAGAUACACCAAAAUUCUAGAAAUUGAAAAAAGCACUUCAUAAAAUAGCUUAAUUUCAAGAUGUUGAUCUUUAAGUGCUUCUCACUUUAUAAUAAAAUGAUUAAAAACCUAUUAAAGAAUGUGUUUGGACUAGACAAUAGGUUAUAUAAUGUAUUUUAUUAUUUUGCUUGGUUUAAUGCGAACUUCUAAUUCAUGAUUUUAAAUAUCAAAAUCUAUUAUUUAAGCCUUUCUGUUCUUUUGAAAUUUCUUGGAAUGAAUCAAUAUUUAGUUAGAUUAGAGAUUAUUUCCCAAAAUUGGCUAAGAAAUUAAAUAAAAGAUAUAAAAUUUUGAAGGAUAUUCCAUUUUAUGAUCCAAAAACAAAUAACUAAAUUUUUAUAUAUGCAUAAUCUUUGGUUGGAUAUUAUCAUCAUCACAUUAAUUAUGAUAAUUUUAAUUUAUAGGACAAACUAAAGUAAACCAUUAAAGAAAUCUUAGAAAACAAAAAUUAAGAAAAAAAUUUACCUCUUUUAAUAAUUGUUUCAAAUGCAAUUAUGUUCGCAUAAUUACUUAAAGCAUUAAAAUGA